AAGACACAUGCUUCUGCAAGCUUCCAUGAAGGUUGUGAAAAAAGUUUUAAUCCAGAAUUGGGUUCCAGCUUUCUGUAGCUGCAAGCAUUGUGGUUGUGCCACUUCCUUAGGAAGCAGCCAGAACUGAGGACAUAGGGUGGAGAGAAUUUUUUUUUUUCUAAUUUGCUGGACAUGAAAUUAAUUUAGAAUACUUCCACAUUUCAGGUGGAAGACAUGUCCACCUCCUGAUUAUUUUUGGAGCAUAAGAACGUUUUCAUUUUUUUCAUCUCUCUCUCUCUCCCCCCACCAAGAUUGUGCCAAAAAUAUACCUUGGCUAACUGAAAGUCAUAUCAUCGGAUUUUGAUCACAACUGAUUAUUUGUUUUUCCAUGUAAAGUUUGGGGGUUUCAAACUUUCCUUCAGGAGAAUGCCUUUUGAAACAGUUUUCUCUAGCUUCCUGAUGUCAAGUGCUCAGUAAUCAGUGGAUAUUAUAAUGGUCAAAAUGUACAGAGAGUGGGCAGUGAUGAAUAUUUUCAUGAUGUUCUAUGUGCAACUGGUGCAGGGCUGCAGUAAUGAACAUGGACCAGUGAAGCGUUCAUCUCAGUCAAUGUUAGAACGAACCGAACAGCAGAUAAGAGCUGCUUCUAGUUUGGAGGAGCUACUGAGUAUCAUGCACUCUGAGGACUGGAAGCUGUGGAGAUGCCGGCUGAGGCUCAGAAGUUUUACCAGUAUGGACUCUCGCUCAGCAUCUCAUCGGUCCACCAGGUUUGCAGCAACUUUCUAUGACAUUGAAACCCUAAAAGUUAUAGACGAAGAGUGGCAAAGAACCCAGUGCAGCCCUAGAGAGACGUGCGUGGAGGUCGCCAGCGAGGUGGGGAGGAGUACCAACACAUUCUUCAAGCCCCCUUGUGUGCAUGUGUUCCGGUGUGGUGGCUGCUGCAACGAUGAGAGCCUCGUCUGUGCGAACACGAGCACCUCGUACGUUUCCAAACAGCUCUUUGAGAUAUCAGUGCCUUUGACAUCAGUACCUGAAUUAGUGCCUGUUAAAAUUGCCAACCAUACAGGUUGUAAGUGUUUGCCAACAGCCUCUCGCCAUCCAUACUCAAUUAUCAGAAGAUCCAUCCAGAUCCCAGAAGAAGAUAGUUGUUCCUUUUCCAAGAAACUCUGUCCUGUUGACAUGCUUUGGGAUAGCAGCAAAUGUAAAUGUGUUUUACAGGAGGAGAAUCCACUUGCUGGAACGGAAGACCAUUCUCAGCUCCAGGAACCGGCUCUCUGUGAGCCACACAUGAAAUUUGAUGAAGAUCGUUGCGAGUGUGUCUGUAAAACAUCAUGUCCCAAAAAUUUCAUCCAGCACCCCCAAAACUGCAGUUGUCUUGAAUGCAAAGAAAGUCUGGAGAGCUGCUGCCAGAAGCACAAGCUAUUUCACCCAGAUACCUGCAGCUGUGAGGACAGAUGCCCCUUUCAUACCAGACAAUAUGCAAAUGGAAAACCAGCAUGUGCAAAGCAGUGUGGCUUUCCAAAGGAGAAGACGACUGCCCAGGGGCCCCACAGCCAAGAGAAGCCUUGAUUCAGCUUCGUUCCAAGUUCUGCAUCCCUGUCAUUGUCAACAGCAUGCUGCUUUGCUGAGUUGCUGUCACUGUUUCGCACCCCCCCCACCCCAGGUGUUUGGAAAAAUCUAUUUUACAUAGCACCACAGUAAAUCCAAACCAGGCUUUCAUUCACACCAGCUGAGGAGUCCCUGGCUCACUGACAGAUGUCUUCUAGCCACAGAGACCUCUGCACAGCAAAGAAUGGAGAGGAGGGGACCCACAGAGCCCCCCGUUUUUGGUGAAUGAGAAAGGUGUGCUGGUCGUGGAAUGACAGGUGCCAUGUGAUGACUCAGAGCAGGUGAGGACUGUGUAGUCCAAAUCCUUUGCUAAUUGCAACUCUCUUGUGAAUUAUUAUGGUUCUUUCUCAUGCAGAAUUUGAUUUGUAUGGUCAGCACCGACUUCUGAUUACUGUCCAGCUUGCAGUUUUCCAGUAUAGCGAACUACUGUCUGAUGUUUCAUAUUUAAGUGUAUUUAAAAAAAUAAACACCAUUAUUCAAGC